AGGCUGGGGUUCCUCCUCCCGGCAGCCCAGCCGCACAUACUCUAAGAACUCCUGCAGGAGAGCAUGUGAAUCUUGGAGCUGCCAGCUCUUCUCUUCCUGUUUCCACCAGCCCCCGCCCUGAGGGGCUCAGCAGACCAUGAUACAAGCUGAAGCAGAAAGAUGACAACAAAUAUUACCAGACCUAUGUUCAUCAGGUCUCUUUCUUGAAUCGUUGAAAAACCUGAGAAGAACUAGAGACCACAGCCUGCUUCCCUUUUUAAGAGAGGUGGAGAACGAGUCCUGUCCACAGUCAAGAUCCACGAACCCAACGUGAUUACCACUUUCUACCUCUGAGAUCUUGGAGACAUCUGAGGUUUAAUGAGGACUUUCCAGCAUUCCAGACUGCUGCCCUGCAAUGAAGCUCUGAGUCAUGGUCUCUGGGUCUAAGGAGUUGGCAACAAUGUGGAACCCCAGGACAGCCAACCUGACUAACCUUCACUCCGAGCAGAAUCCCAAAAUGAAUCUGGCGUGAAAUCAGAGCAAGCCCAGAGAAAGACUUGCUUGUUAAUGGAAACAGGAAAGGAGAGAAAGGUUUGCAACAAAUUGCAACAGACUUUCCACCAAUCUAAAGAGCCCACCUUCCUUAUCAACCAGGCCGUUCUUUGUGGUGACUCCCAUUCUAGCCUUUCGCCAGACACAGAGCAUGUCAGUCAUGCUGGAAAAAUAAAGACAGGACCUCAGAAAACAAGACCUGGAACGGUGAUACUCUCAAAACGGUCCAGUAGGAGAAUUAUGUCGGAAAGUCAGCCCGGCCCCCCUGUGAUCCCGUCCCGCAGGCCUGGAUUCCGGGUGUGCUAUAUCUGUGGCCGAGAAUUUGGGUCCCAAUCAAUUGCUAUUCAUGAACCCCAGUGCUUGGAGAAGUGGCGAAUUGAAAACAGCAAGUUGCCCAAGCACCUGAGGAGGCCAGAACCCUCCAAACCACAGCCUCUUGGGGGCAGUGGGUCCUAUAAUCUUCAGGCAGUGAACGAGGCAGCAUUCCAAAGUUCCCAGGCUCAGCUGCUGCCCUGCGAAUCCUGUGGCCGCACGUUCUUGCCAGAUCGUCUUCCUGUUCACCAGAGAAGCUGCAAGCCGAAGGGUGACGGGCCCAGAGCACCAACCCCCAGCACUUCGGAUGAUCGCACUGGUCCCAGGAAAGCUGCUGGUGGCAUCCCAGCCCGACCAAAGGCUCUCAUCUGCUACAUUUGUGGUAGGGAGUUUGGCACUCUGUCCCUUCCCAUUCAUGAGCCCAAAUGCCUGGAAAAGUGGAAAACAGAAAAUGACCGGCUCCCCAGGGAGCUCCGCCGAGCACUCCCACAAAAGCUUCAGCCACUUCCCACUGGACAGUCCAACGAAGAGGGGCCAAGUCAAGUUCAGCUGGUGCCCUGUCCAAACUGCAGCCGGACCUUUGCCCCGGACCGCCUCCUGGUACACCAGAGAAGCUGUAAAGCUCAACCGAGUGGGCCAAAAAUGCAGAAUUUGACCUUAGGGAGUAAAGGUGGCCUAAAACAGUCCACUAAUUUCAAGCAGCAAAGCAACAUGGCAGCACCCACGGUGACUGAUAAGGUAAUUCGUGCCACGUGAGGUACUUUGGGUGGACCCACGGGUACAUUAUGCCCCCGCCCCCGGGGGAAUGAGAGAAAACUAUUCCCAGAAUCAGCUGCUUCAACCCCUAGGACGGUUUCUUUCAAUGCCUUACGUCUGCCUCAGUGCAGCCUGUCCAAGUCGACCCCGGUUGGACCCUGCAUCUCGGUUGGCAAGGUCGGUAUAAGGACAUCCCUGCCUGGUGGGUUCAUAGUCCUCUUCUACUCUGUCGCCUAAAAGAAAGAGAGAUGGACAUCCUUCUACCCUGAUUCCUCAUACCAAUAAUCCUUGGGAGAGACUGUUAUUUGAAAAUGAGUCAUUAAUGCUGUGUCUACAUUGCAGAGAUAUAAUUCCCAUUCCAACGGCCAAUAUUUAUUACCGGUUUAUUUUAGUCAUCUACCUUAGGAAUUCGUUUUUGGCAACCCUGGGUUAUGCUGAGUUUAUCUUACUAAAAUAGAAUGUGUGUCAAAAACCCCAAAUGACUUUAGCAACAAUUAGGCAUUGGAGCACUCACAGAAAUCGACGCGCUCCUCAAACACAGCAUGUUUUCUUUUAACACUUACAUGAUUAUGAUAUGUGUGAGAUUAACCCCAGGGCACGCUCUGAACCAACGAGAUGUGGGUUCAUGCUUCCCAGAAGUGCUCAGUUCCCACUGCUGCUCUGUGUCCUGUGUUUGGGUUGGACAGCAAGCAUUGAUCCCCACUUGGGCGCUUGGGAAGAAAAGCAUGACUCCCCGGGUCCCCAACCUGUACAGCGAAGUAUUGUUUACCUGAAGGUUCACCAUCAGCACAACUGGGGAAGAAUGCUAAUGAGGGUGGCUCCCCAUAAGACAUGGUCCAUGUGCUUUGUCCUGCCAUUAAGCCCGGGGCAUGGCUGCACUGUUCUGUGUCAUAACUUACAAGAUGUCAAAUCAUGAGAAAUAGGCCGUGGUCAAAAUCUUUUCUCUAUGGUUUGCUACCUAAAGCACCCCACCUGUAGGGAUACUUUUUUUUUUUAAGUAGGCUCCACACCCAGUGUGGGGCUCAAACUCACGAGCCUGAGAUCAAGAGUCCCGUUCUUUACUGAUUGAGCCAGCCAGGCGCCCCUGUCUUUUAGUGGACUGCUUGGGGGAAACUGAGGUUACCCAAGCAUUCUAAAGGAUUAAACCAGAAGGACUGGAGGGUGGGGUUUGGGGGACGGGAAGCAGCCUUUAUUUUUACUGCAACUUUUCUUCCUUACUUUUUUAUUGCAUUAUAUUGGCAACCUUCUAGUACUUUUCCCUCGCUUUCAGGUUUAAAAUGAAAUGAUUAGAAACUUACUGGUUUAGAAGAUUCCAAGACAAUGAUCGUAAAGCCCAAGAGUCAGACUGAGAGAG